UGUUGAAGGACAGAUGUAUCAUUCCUUGUUUCUAUGAGCAGAUCUUCACACACUGAAGAAAAGCGGAUAAUCUGUUGAAGAGGAAGCGCUGCAAGAUGUUUGUGGUCCUUUUCAUCUUGGGGCUUCUGGACUGUCAAGCCCACGGUUUGUCUCAACCCAAGAUCACCGUGAACUCUGAAGUUCUGACGAGCUCUGAUGUGAUUCUCAACACUGGAUCUCCUCUUCUUUUGACCUGUGAGGGUGACGGUCCGGUCACAUGGCUUCCACGACUGUUCAGACACAAACGCUACAUCUCCAAAGGAGUCGGAAACAUCCAGAGUUUUCGUGUAGACAAAGCCUCUGUAGACUUCACGGGCACUUAUAAGUGUGUUUACACGAAUGGCAAGAAAUCAAACGUGUCGUCCUCUGUUCAUGUGUUUGUCAGGGAUUCGAACAUUCUCUUUGUGACACCGAGUACUUCUUUGAGCUAUGUGCGGAAAGAAGGUGAAGAUCUGAUGCUGCCGUGUCUUCUCACCAACCCCAACGCCACAGACUUCAUGUUCCGCAUGCAUAACGGCUCUGUGGUGCCCUAUGGCAUGAAUGUGACCUUUGACCCCAGGAAGGGCGUUCUGAUUAGGAACGUUCACCCCGGAUAUAAUGCCGACUAUGUGUGUAGCGCUCGAAUUGAAGGAGUUGAGAAAAUGUCCAAGAUCUUUUCUAUCACCGUCAUACAGAGGCUGCAUUUCCCUCCAUACGUGUUCCUGAAGAGAAGCAAUUACGUGAAACUGGUGGGAGAGAAAUUUCAGAUCAGUUGUACCACGAACAACCCAAACUUUAACUACAAUGUCACAUGGACACAUUCAUCAAGAAAGUUACCACAAGCAGAGGAGAAAUCUACAAUGCAAGGAGAUCGUUUGGCCAUCGAGAGUAUUCUGAUCAUUCCAGCUGUUGAACUGUCUGAUUCAGGGAACAUCACCUGUACGGGACAGAAUGAAGCUGGAGCAAACAGCUCCACAACUCACCUGCUCGUCGUAGAUGAGCCGUACAUUCGUCUCUCACCGAAGCUCUCGCCUAAACUCACGCACAGCGGUCUGUCCAUCGAGGUCAGUGAAGGCGAUGAUGUUGAUCUCAGGGUUUUGAUCGAAGCGUAUCCUCCUCUGACAUCACACCGCUGGGAGACUCCAACAUCCCACAAUGCAUCUCUCCCAGAGCACAGGUUUUACAGCUAUAACGACAGGUACGAGGCACUGCUGUUUCUCAAAAGACUCAACUUCUUAGAAAUGGGUCGUUACACUCUAUACGUGAAAAGUAGCAUGAGAAACGCCUCCAUUACAUUUGACAUUAAAAUGUACAAGAAACCAGUUACCAUGGUGAGAUGGGAGAAUGUCACAACACUGUUGUGCAAGUCAUAUGGGUAUCCAGCGCCCAGCAUCCUCUGGUACCAGUGUGCUGGCAUCAGAACCACAUGCACAGAAAACUCGACGGGUCUUCAGCCAAUCCUGACUCAGACGGUAGAAUUUCAGGAGGAACAGUCUGGAACGGUUGGCGUGGAGAGCGUGUUGACUGUAAGACCAUCCAAUCAGAGAAUGACGGUGGUGUGUGUCGCCUUCAAUCUUGUCGGCCAGGACAGUGACACCUUUGCCAUGGACGUUUCUGAUAAACUCUUCAGCAGUACAUUGUCUGGAGCCGUGGCGGCGGUGACCGUUCUGCUGCUGCUGCUCUGCUUCCUGCUGUACAAAUACAAACAGAAACCCAGAUACGAGAUCCGCUGGAAGAUCAUUGAAGCUACAAAUGGAAACAACUACACCUUCAUCGACCCCACACAGCUGCCAUACAAUGAGAAGUGGGAGUUUCCCCGAGACAAACUAAAGCUUGGUAAAACUCUUGGCGCAGGUGCUUUUGGUAAAGUGGUGGAGGCCACAGCGUACGGUCUGGGAAAAGACGACAACGUCAUUCGUGUUGCUGUGAAAAUGCUGAAAGCCAGCGCUCAUCCUGAUGAGAGAGAGGCUCUGAUGUCAGAACUGAAGAUACUGAGUCACCUCGGACAGCACAAGAACAUCGUGAAUCUUCUGGGCGCCUGCACACACGGCGGCCCAGUUCUGGUGAUCACUGAAUACUGUUGCCAUGGCGACCUCUUGAACUUCCUGCGCGGCAAAGUGGAGAACUUCCUGAACUUCGUCUUGACCAUUCCAGACCUUCCAGAGCCGGCGACGGAUUAUAAGAACGUGACCGCUGACCGAGCGUAUUUCCGAAGUGACAGCGGGAUCUCCAGCACCUGCUCUGAGAAUUAUCUGGACAUGAGACCGGCCGCAUCCAGACCAGCAAACUCGGUUCUGGGUUCUUCUUUGGAGUGUCAGGAAGACGACUCGUGGCCGCUGGACAUGGAUGAUCUGCUCAGAUUCUCCUAUCAGGUGGCUCAGGGACUCGACUUCCUCGCCGCUAAAAACUGCAUUCACAGAGAUGUAGCGGCGAGAAAUGUUCUGCUGACUGACAGACGAGUGGCUAAAAUCUGUGAUUUCGGUCUAGCGCGUGACAUCAUGAAUGAUUCCAACUACGUAGUCAAAGGAAACGCUCGUCUUCCAGUGAAGUGGAUGGCUCCGGAGAGUAUUUUUGACUGUGUGUAUACCGUACAGAGUGACGUCUGGUCUUACGGUAUUCUACUUUGGGAGAUAUUCUCAUUGGGUAAAAGCCCGUAUCCCAACAUCCUAGUGGACUCAAAGUUCUAUAAAAUGAUUAAAUGUGGAUAUCAGAUGUCCAGACCGGACUUUGCAUCACCAGAGAUGUAUACAAUCAUGAAGAUGUGCUGGAACCUGGAACCCGCUGAGAGACCGACCUUCAGUAAGAUCAGUCAACUUAUCGAGAGGAUGCUGGGAGACACACCUGACCAGCAGCAAACAGAGUACAAGAACGUCCAAUCCGAAGCGCAUGAAGAAGAACUGGAGUCAUGUGACCCAGUGAAGUGCAAUGAGGAGUCCUAUGAGACAUCAUGUGACCAGGAAGAAGAGGAUCAACUGCUCAUGAAAGCAAAUAACUACCAGAUGUGCUAAGAGUCAAACUAACUCAUGCAUUCCUAUCAGUUUCAUAAUCUACAUAAACAACCCCUGACAGAUGCAUGUAAACAGCCAAUCACAAACGAACCGUUCAGUGUUGAAAUGCAAUUCAUUUCGGUUUGUUGGUCAUCAAACGCACACAGUCACAUCUUGUGAUUUUACAGUCGGUCGGGUAUUUUGCUGUUGUAAACAAUCUUGUGCUCCACUGCUCAGUUUAAGCGUGUUGUUUUUUUGUUUUUGUUUUUCACAUUCAUCGAUAUUAUCCAGUAACUGCUUAAGCCCACAUGCAAGUGAAUCUGUAUUUAAUGUUGUCUGGGUGUUUGUUUUUUUACUGGUUUUUGAGUCACACAUCCUGUCCAUGUUAACAUCUGUGAAAUUUGACGAGCUUCUACCAAGUGACCGAUGAAUUAGUGUCAAAAUACUGUCGAGUUUGUUUGGCCGCACAGCUUUUAACUUGAAGAUACGGGAAGCGUUUAAAAGUUAACAAGUCUAUAUAUUUGCUCUCCUGACUAUGCACGACUAUAUUGUUGGUUAUAUUUUAUUAGUUGCAUUCAGCAUUGUGUUUGGGUCGUGGCCUACCCUUUGAGAACCACUGAUGAACUCUUCUGCGUGUUGUUUUUAAAUUAACCGGUUUCACUUCUCAAAUAGUUUUAGGGUUUAGAUCUCUUGGAAGUCAAAAACCCAACCUCAGAUUUGGUUUUCCUUUGACAUGUGCUCUGGGUUAAACUCAACUUCUCUGUUGUGAGCGUUGGAAAAGCAGUUGGGGUUGCAGUUUAUUUGCAUACGCAGCAUAUUCCGCUUCCACUUUAUAGAUGUUCUGCAUGUUAGUCGUGUCAUUGAUUUCGCAAUCAAAGAAAAUCUCAUACAAACAAACAAACGAACAAACAAACGUACGUGUGCAUCAGCUGUUACACGUAAUUCACAUGUAAUCUUCAUACAGGGUCCAAAAUUAAAACUUUCAGCCAUAAAUAUUUCUUGCCAUGAAAUAAUACUGUGCAUUAUUUAAAUUAUUCUUUAGAACCGGUUCAUUUAAAAAAAAAAAAAAAAAAAAAAAGAUUAUUACAUAAACACCAGAACCUAAUGAUUUUCAUGACUUCCAUUAACGGUUCCUGAAUGUGCUGCUUCCACCGAUAUGGACGGGAUACCAUGCUAAAAUACUCUGAAAAUGUUUACUGCAUUACCGUUUAGCAGCAACACAGCAUCACUGUUGAAUCCACAGCGUGAAACACACAGCCUGACAGGUGAAGCCGGAUUCAUGAAAAAAUUGACUCUCACAAGUCGGUUCUUUACAUAUACUGAUGAAGUCCAAUUCCUGAACAAAUGAAUCUCAUGAGUUGGUUCUUUUUAUUAUUAUUUUAUAUUUUUUUGGAUUUUUCCUCUUUUUCACCCAAUUUGGCAUGCCUAAUUCCCGGUGCGCUUUUAAGUCCUCGUGGUCGCGUAGUGAUUCGCCUCAAUCCGGGUGGCAGAGGAUGAAUCCCAGCUGCCUCUGCGACCAUCAACCCGCACAUUUUAUCACAUGGCUUGUUGAGCGUGUUGCCACGGAGACAGCAUGUGGAGGCUUUACGCUAUUCUCUGCGGCAUCCGCACUCAACUCACCACGUGCCCCACCGAGAACAAACCACAUUAUAGUGACCACGAGGAGGUUACCCCAUGUGACUCUACCCUCCCUAGCAACCGGGCCAAUUUGGUUGCUUAGGAGACCUGGCUGGAGUCACUCAGCACGCCCUGGGAUUCGAACUCGUGAACUCCAGGGGUGCUAGUCAGCGUCUUUACCACUGAGCUACCCAGGCCCCCAAGAGUUGGUUCUUCUGAAUCUACAGUGCAAAACAAAACAUGACCAGUGUAGUCCGAGUCCUGAACAAAUGACUCUCAUGAGUCAGUUCUUUUGAAUCUACAGCGCAAAACACACAGUGAGACCAGUGUAGUCUGAGUCCUGAACAAAUGACUCAUGAUUCAGUCCUUUUGAAUCUACAGCGCAAAACACACAGUGAGACCAGUGUAGUCUGAGUCCUGAACAAAUGACUCAUGAGUCAGUUCUUUUGAAUCUACAGCGCAAAACACACAGUGAGACCAGUGUAGUCCGAGUCCUGAACAAAUGACUCUCAUGAUUCAGUUCUUUUGAAUCUACAGCACAAAACACGACCAGUGUAGUUCGAGUCCAGAACGAAUGACUCUCAUGAGUCAGUUCUUUUGAAUCUACACAAAACAAAGAGCAUGAUCAGUGAAGCUGAUUCCUGAACAAAUUACUCAUGAGUUGAACCGCAAUUCAUUUAUUUCAUCAAAAUGAACCAAGAGCUGUUUCUAUGUAUGUGUACCUACGGCUUGUGGGAAGAUUGUUGAUUUAUUUCAUUAUUUUAUUUCAUAAAAAAACAACUCAUACUGUGUAUCUGUAUUAAUUAAUUCAAAUGAGAGAUACUGUGUAAACACAGACUGCUGAGGGCAGUUAAUGCAAAAAGUAUUGUAUUCUUAUUUCCAAAUAUUUCUUCUUCAAAAGUGCUAAAAGAAUCGUUAAUGGAGCCACUAUUCCUUCUGAUUCCCAUCCCAUGCUGGCUGCAAAUCGACGCAACUAAACCGAAAUCAUUAUUUCUGCACUGAACUUCAUGAGGUUGUGUCGGGUGAGAGGUCAAAGGUCAUUAAAUUGACAGAUAUGAAAUCAUUCAUUCAGUUAGUGAGUCUAUUGGUCUCCUGCUCUUGUUCUUAGUCAAUCCUACUUGGCAAACAAAGUAUUUUACAGCUUCUUGCAAUGAUAGUGCGGGUUUGGAGGGCAGAUCCACGCCUAGAACUGGUGAAAUAUUGACAUGCUGUUGGUGCAAUAACGUUUCUGAAGUCUGCCGGUCGCCAUCUCAUUUUUUUACAUGACCAAAGGUUAAAUGCAUUCUCAUGCAACCUUUUCGUUUUUAUUAUUACAGAUGACUAAUAAUAAUAGUAAUCUGCUGUUCUGUUUCCUAUCAUCGUUUAUUUUCAGGUGUUUUUAUCCUUUAGGGAGCUUGAUAGACACCAUUUGUGUUGCACAGAAAAAACAACAGUAUAUGGGUUUGGAAUGACACAAAGUGAACUCUUAUUUUAAAUAGUCAGGAAAACAUUUACAAGACUUGACCGCACCGUCUGUGAGAGAGAAUGAUUUCAGGAAGAAAACCAAACCUUCGCUUCUUUGCUUAAAUAAACACUUUCCUCACUGAUAAUUGUGCAUGCGGGAAAUGAGAGCUGAUGUUUUCUAGGAGCUCGUAUAGAAAAACAUUUAAUUUCAGAUUUAGUUUUUAGAACUGGCAACAGAUGCAUGUUUUAUUUGACAUUUUCUUUCAGUCUCUGGGUUUAUUCUUCUAUUCUCAAGGUGCUUCAUGUUCUCAACUUUUUUUUAUCCGAACUGAAAUGUUUUUAUUAUCAAAUGUUACAUCAGACACUCACUGCCAUGUAGAGUACCUUUAAGUUGCAUGACAAAAAUGCUUUAAAAUGUGAUUACUUUUUGUUUUUCUCAAAGCACAAACUGCCAGUAAUAUAUAUUGUAUGCUUAUUUGUCUUUUGGGGUGGUGCAUUGUUAAAAAUGCAGAAUAUGAAAAAUUACUUUCCUGAAUCAAUAUGCAGAGUAUUCCUAUAUUGUGUAGAUAUUUCGGUAAGACAUAAUCAAUGAAGUCUUGUAGACUGAAUUUGUAUGUCUUUGAUAUGGAUGAAAAUAAGUUUUUAAGUUUGCCAUGAAUGAAUUCUGUACUUUGGCUAUAUCUACAGACCUUUGUUUUAUUUUUACUAGAGAAACUGCUACUGAAAGCUACUAAUAAACCAUGAAAAAUAUCA